UAACACGGGGAUUGUUUUGCUAGAUAUGUCAGCCUACAAAGGACAUCUACCGCUUCUUUAAAACAUCUUCAAAAUGUCUUUUCCCAACAGCUCUCCUGCAGCAAAUACUUUUCUAGUAGAUUCUUUGAUUAGUGCUUGUAGAACAGACAGUUUCUACUCCGGCGGUAAUAUGUACAUGCCAUCCAGUACAGAAAUGGGAACUUAUGGAAUGCAAACCUGUGGACUUAUGCCGUCUCUCGGUAAAAGGGGAGAAGUUAGCCACCAAAACAUGGGCAUGAAUGUCCAUUCAUAUAUACCUCAAAUUGAUGGCUGGGCAGAUCCGAACAGAUCGUGCAGAAUAGAGCAACCUUCCGCCCAGAUGCCCACGUGCACGUUUUCACAAAACAUAAAAGAAGAAAGUACUUGCUGCAUGUAUUCCGACAAGAGAGCAAAGGUCAGCUCGUCAGAAAUCCCCGCAUAUGCUAAUCUGAUCCCCGAAUCUUGUUCUGUUGAUGGUCCAGAAAUUCCCGUCCCAGGCUAUUUCAGACUGAGUCAAACUUACGCAUCUGGGAAAAACCAAGAUUUUGGGCACGAGGCGAGUCCAAACACUAUUUUGCAGCUGAGCAGAGUCACUCCAAAACCGCAGCUAUCUUCGCUUCUCGAAGUGGAAAAGAAAAUUACCGAACUACCGAACAACCAGGAGACGACCAAGACCCCAACACCAGUGGAAAGCCCAGAUCCAAAGUCGAGUUCGCUAGAGGAAAAGAAUUGCUCCACUGAAACGUCUGCCUCCAGCCCAGAAUUGCCACAGAAGGAAGCUAAAGAAUGUAAAAGCGAUCCUCCAACGAGCAAUUGGUUGACUGCAAAAAGUGGACGGAAAAAAAGAUGCCCUUACACAAAGCAUCAAACCCUGGAAUUAGAGAAAGAGUUUUUGUUCAACAUGUACCUGACACGAGAGCGCCGCCUAGAGAUCAGUAAAAGUGUCAACCUCACCGACCGACAAGUGAAGAUUUGGUUUCAGAAUCGAAGAAUGAAGCUGAAGAAGAUGAGCAGGGAAAACCGAAUUCGGGAACUUACCUCAAAUCUCACUUUUUCGUGAGCAUGCACACUAAUGCUAUAUUCUUUUUACCUCUUUCCCCUUUCCAUUUUUUCACCAGAAUGAUGCAAUGGGGAAUAUUGGACAUCUUUUUUCUUUUUUUCCAGUCUGGAAACCGUACUUGUAUUUGCUACUUUAUGUUCUGCUUUUAUUGUAUUCACUUGAUGGUAUUCUAAAGUGUAAUUCUGAAGCGUUGUGUAAUUUAAAUUGUUUCAUCACAGGGUAACGAUGAACUCGUUUACAUAUAGGUCUUAAAUUAUUAAAGUGUUGCAGACACCCAUUGUUGGAGUGUUUUUGGUUUGUUUGAUUCAAAAGAAAGACAUCGUCGUAGAAGAGACUUGUUUUGAAACAGUAGACCAUGAUUUUGAACAUGAAAGCACAUUUACUGUUAUUAAUUGAUUAGCGAAACAUCCGUCCAUAAAAGUAGACUACUUAAAUUUUGUGCAUUCUUAAACAUAUACAAUUCAAUAUAGUAGAUGUGAUAAGUAUUGUUAACACAUGGGUGUGACGUUAAUGCAUGUUUUGUGGCAUGUACCUUGCAAUAAAUUAAAUAUGUCAAAAUAGUUGUCAUUUGUUCUAGAGGCAACUCUCUUAAAACUAUAGGGUUCUAUUUGUCGAUUAUAUUUUUCAGAUAUGAAGGUUAAACAUUUUCAAUUCCUGAAUCAGCAUUGUUUUCAAUAAAAUGCCGACAUGUGUUAGGGCUAACGUGUUCAAAAAUAGCCUAUAUAUCCUGUUGUAUUGCAAAAUGACAUAACGGACAGCAUUUGUGUGUUCUUUAUUUUUUGCAAAAUAUCAUACAGAACCCUUUAAUUUUAAGCCCUUACAAAUUCAAGACCAUUACAUUGUAAUAAAAUUCGUUGUUCACUUCAAACAAGUACCAGCGUGUAUGUAUUAAGCCGCAACAAGAUUAUCCUAUGACGAUGAUGUAAACAUUACAUGCAGGAUGCAGUUAGAA